CCUGUUUGGAAAUGAUCAUCUUACAUAAUGACAAUAAUCAGGUUUACUAAAUGCUGGAUCUUUAAGCAAAGCAAGCUCAGUGCUGCAGUUUUGCUUAGCAUCACCAAAUAGAGUAACACCUCUCUUUCCCGAACCGAAUCCAGGCCUGUGCUGAAGCUUUUCUGAUUUGGGUAAAAAGUCUUUGGGUAUUCCCUUGGAAAUAAGGUGAGUUGUUGGAUGGAUGGAUGGAUGGAUGGAUGGAUGGAUGGAUGGAUAAUAAAUCGAAUAUAGUUACAUGUUAACGAUAGACUCCAAGUGGUGGUUGGAAGGCCGCGGCGAUGAGGUAAUAAAAUUCAGUAUUUCUGUAUGUUUGAAAGUUUUCAUCCUAAAAUGUUUGGGGGUGGGAUGAAGGGUGGUUUUGUGUCAGACUUGGUCAAAUCCCUGCUGCGUAUUAGGUUUUUUGGGGGAAAGCCGAAUACUCAAAUUACUUCAUUUUCUCAUCUGUGUACCGUGGAUGGUAAGAAAAGGGUCACCAUCAAGAGUUUUCCUCAACUCCCCCGAGCCCUCAUAUAAACGGCGGCCCCCGACUGGUGGGGGAAAGAAGCGCAAACUAGCAGCCCCGCCCAAACCCCGGGAGCUGAUUCCUGGGAAACUCAUCUAAAGGGGCGGGGAGCAGCGGGACCUUUCUUGACUCGCGACCAGGUGGCGGUCAGAUUGUAUGAGGCUUAGCCUGGAACCUCUUAAGGCAUGACUCCACCCCGAGAAGGUGCUUUCAAGGACACCGCAGAAGCCGACUGCCUCGCCAGAUGCCCGCUGUUGCCUAGGGGUCUGAGGAGAAACCUUUUACUCCCAAAAAUGACAUCCGUAUUCUCUAGCUACAACAUCCCACUCCUAGGCUGUUUAUAUUUCUUUUGCCGGUUUCAUUUUAGGAAAUGCGAGCAUUACUACAGAACUCUGAGGAAACCGGCUGUAAAAUUUGCAUAUUUAACGAGAAGCGGUGCAAGUGCUCAGUACUGCUUCAGCGACUGAUGACAGCCAUCUAAAGCGCCGGGUACCAGAGGGACAGGACCUCGCUGGACGGAAGAAAAUUCUAAGGCUAAGCGCGCAGCCCGGAGGGGGCGGGGCCAUCGGCCGCCCCGCCCCCGGCCCUUUGUGACGUAGAACAAUGCCUGCCACGAGUCGGAACUGGGCUGCCUUUGCCUCUGGAAGCAAGUGACAAGUGUGAAGGAACGCAGUUGUCAUCUGGGGCCAAUUUCAGGAAUCAUGCAGUUUUUAUUCAGGUUAAUCGUUUUCUUUUAUGUAUGGGGCAUUUUGGGGGCUCAGGGACAAAAGGAAGAGGAGAGCACAGAGGAAGUGAAAAUAGAAGUUGUGCAUCGUCCAGAAAACUGUUCCAAGACAAGCAAGAAGGGAGACCUGCUAAAUGCCCAUUACGACGGCUACUUGGCUAAAGACGGUUCGAAAUUCUACUGCAGCCGCACACAAAAUGAAGGCCACCCCAAAUGGUUUGUUCUUGGUGUUGGGCAAGUCAUAAAAGGCCUAGACAUUGCGAUGAUGGAUAUGUGCCCUGGAGAGAAGCGAAAAGUGAUUAUACCCCCUUCAUUUGCAUAUGGAAAGGAAGGUUAUGAAGGCAAGAUUCCACCUGAUGCAACAUUGAUUUUUGAGAUUGAACUUUAUGCUGUGACCAAAGGACCACGAAGCAUUGAAACAUUUAAACAGAUAGACAUGGACAAUGAUAGGCAACUCUCUAAAACUGAGGUAAAUAAUUACCUGAAAAGGGAAUUUGAAAAAGAUGAGAAGCCUCGUGACCAGUCAUAUCAGAAUGCAGUUUUAGAAGAUAUUUUUAAGAAGAAUGAUCAUGAUGGUGAUGGCUUCAUUUCUUCCAAGGAAUACAAUGUAUAUCAACAUGAUGAACUAUAGUGUAUUUUAUUUCUAAAUUUUCUUAGCUACUUCCUGUACUUUAUAUAUAAAAGAGUUACUUUUCUAGAACUUGUAUUUUCUGUUUUCCCUCCAUGAGAACAUAUUUUGAUCCCCUCAAUACAUGUAAUUUUGGCAUAAUAAAUGUGUUAUUUUGCAGAUUUAA